AUGGCGGCGACAACGGAUGGGGACAAAGAAAGGGCGACUCCACUGAGCCAGCCCAUCAUGCUCCGCUCCUCCCAUCCUGUGGAACCUGAAUCAGACGCCGAAACGUUCCCAUUUAAAUACAGCGAUUCUUAUAUCGGCACAAGGGAUAACCCGGGCCUGCAGAAAUACAGCUCUAAAACACAGCAAAGGCAGGAUACAACAGAUGAUUUCAUGAGUGAUGAAGAUGAUAGCAUAGCCCAUAGACUGUCAACCUUGCCCAAAGGGGCAGCACUCGUCAAUGAAGAGGAGUUGAUUCGACAGGCACAGAUAGGGGCACCACAGUCAAAUAGUGGCCUGCGCUAUAAUACUGAAAAUCUAAUACAGAAGAAUCAGAAGCAGAUAGAACAGCAAGAGAUUCUUCAGGAAUUUCUGGAAUUAGAACAUAUCAAGCCACUUGAUGCCUGCCAAAUUGCCAAAGCACCAGAAAAUCGGGAAAAGAACAGAUACCGAGAUAUCCUCCCAUAUGAUUUAACACGAGUUCCCCUUGGAGAGAUGAAGGGCUACAUCAAUGCCAGUUACAUUCGUUUUCCAGUGGGUAAAGAAGAACACUUUUACAUCUCUACCCAAGGUCCUCUACCUUGCACCACAAAUGAUUUCUGGCAAAUGGUCUGGGAAAACCACUCCAAUGUAAUUGCAAUGAUUACAAGAGAAACUGAGCAUGGAAUAUCUAAAUGCCAUUGAUACUGGCCUGAGCCUCCCCAUGAUUCUGUUAAUUUGACCCAUUUUCAGUUGCGACUGGAUAACUAUCAGAUCCUGGAUUGUUUUGUUAUUAGAAUAAUAGAAGUGACGAACAAACAGACACUGGAGAGGCGCAUCGUGCAACACCUCCAGUUUACAACCUGGCCAGACCAUGGCACUCCCAUGGCAUCAGAACAUCUAUUGAAAUUUGUUCGUUACAUGAGAAAAGUUCACCAGUCAGGGCCUAUCAUUGCACACUGCAGUGCUGGGAUUGGAAGGAGUGGGGUUCUACUUUGUGUGGAUAUUUUAUUGAGCUACAUAGAAAAAGAUAUGUCUUUUGACAUCAAGCAGAUUGUAACACAUCUGAGACAUCAGCGAUUUGGCAUGAUCCAAACCAAGGAGCAGUAUAUGUUUUGCUAUGAAAUAGCACUUGAAACCCUGAAGAACAUUCAGAGCAUGAAUUCCCAGCAACGGCAGUAAUGACACCACUCCUUGAGACUCACCUUAUUACUUGCAAUUUCAUUCCAUCAAGAUACCCAAGGGUCAAUGGGAAGUGCUAUAUAAAUGGAAUUGUGUUAUAUUUCAGUAUCUAACAAACACUGAUUUCUAAAGGACUACCUAGGCAAAGUAGGCACAAUAGGUGCUGAAAGAAAGUAGCUAUAAAAAUGUAUGCUUAUAAGUGAAUUCACUUCUACUAGUUUUUGUAACAUAUUUUUGCCCCAAAGAUUAACAGGGAUGAAUGACUAUGUAGACAAGUGCAUGGCAAUCAAAAGGAAUUUGUGUUCAUUCACAAGCCUUUAAGCUGCAUAAAACCUUGUUUUCCUGAA